AAAACGGAGAUUUAGGAAUAUACAUUAGAUUGCACUGCCAGUAACUGUAACUGUAGAAGCUAGCGACCAUCAUGAACUGUUCCGACUACUACGCCACCACUAUCGCCGCCACCAGCGCCGGCGGUUGUUUUCCUCUUCCUCAUCCUCACCACCGCCACUCCCGUCACACAUCCUCUUCUCCCCUUUUCCAACUCCAAUCUCGUUCCAAACCACCACGCGCCACAACAACCACAAUCUCAUGUUCAUCAAACACCGAAAAACCGAAGCUCCUUCGUCGAAUCCUCGAUUCGCCAGGCGUUCAUCAAGGUCCUGCAUGCUUCGAUGCACUCAGCGCAAAUCUCGUUCAAUCCGCUGGCUUUCCGUUGUGUUUCACUAGCGGUUUUUCGAUUUCUGCUUCGCGAUUGGGAUUGCCUGAUACUGGAUAUUUGUCUUACGGUGAAAUGAUUGAUCAAGGGAGAUUGAUUACUCAAGCGGUUGAUAUUCCUGUUAUUGGUGACGGUGAUAAUGGUUAUGGGAAUGCUAUGAAUGUUAAGAGGACGGUUAAGGGUUUUGUUGAUGCUGGUUUUGCCGGAAUCAUUCUUGAAGAUCAGGUAUCGCCGAAAGCGUGUGGCCACACACAAGGGAGGAAAGUGGUGUCGAGAGAAGAGGCAGUUAUGCGGAUCAAAGCUGCGGUUGAUGCCAGAAAUGAGAGUGGAUCUGAUAUUGUGAUUGUGGCUCGCACCGAUUCACGGCAAGCGUUGUCUCUUGAUGAGGCACUCUAUAGGUCAAGGGCAUUUGCUGAUGCUGGAGCUGAUGUUGUUUUUAUAGAUGCACUUGCCUCCAGACAAGAGAUGGAAGCUUUUUGUCAAGUUUCUCCCCUUGUCCCAAAAAUGGCCAAUAUGCUUGAAGGAGGAGGCAAAACACCAAUACUCACUCCUCUCGAACUUGAAGACAUUGGCUAUAAAAUUGUUGCCUAUCCCCUUUCCUUGAUUGGAGUUUCUAUACGAGCAAUGCAGGAUUCACUCACUGCUAUUAAAGGAGGUCGUAUUCCUCCUCCAGGAAGCAUGCCUUCAUUCGAAGAAAUUAAGGAUAUCUUAGGUUUCAACAAAUAUUAUGAAGAAGAAAAGCGUUAUGCUACAAGUACCGAUCAGCUUCUUUCAAAGAGAGAGAGCAGUAGCCUAUACAGUAUUGAACAGAGAGACCAAGCUGAUUCAGAGCAGACAAGUCAAACUAUCAACGAUCCCAUUGUCGAAGUUAUAACACCUGAUGUGUACAAUAAAUAUGGUGCAGAUAGUUCAGGGAGCCCUUUUUCUGGAAUCUGGUCCCGGACUCUGAGAAUUAAAAUAACGGGCAGAGAUGGAGCCGAGAAACUUGAUCUUCGGAUUCCUGCUGGAUUUCUCGAUGGAAUCACAAACAUAGUUCCUGCUUUGGGUGGGGUAAACCUCAAAAAACUAUUGGAUAAUGCAACAGAGGAAACUGGGGGAAAACUGCUGGAUUUUAAUGACAGAAUAGGUGACAGGAUUCAAGUAUUUCUGGAGUGAUUCCACCUUGCUUCAGUUUCUCAACUCCAAUGGAAAUUGAUAGCUCGUAUUGAUGAAGGUGAUCGAUGAAAGCUAAAGAUUCAAGCGUAAUCGUGGCACAACAGCGUGGUUGUAGUGUAUAGUUUAAAAUGUCACAUGGAUUGUCAUCCAAAUACCAAAUUAAGAAACCAGUUAAGUUCGAAACUAAAGUCACAAAUGGGAAAUUUCUUCAAACAAUGUUUGAUAUCUGUGGAAAUUUUGCUUCAUUUUGUCAAAUAAUUUAUUUUUUCUUUGUUCUUCAA